CCGCCGUGACGCGCCUCUCAUGAACAAAUAAACAGGGAUUUUAUCGCACGGGCCCUCCACACCUCUGCCUGCCGAAGUCGUGCUAUUUUAACCCGGACUAACCUGUUAUUUUACCCGAGCCCUGUUUUUUUAGAAGCCAUGUCUUUUCAUCAGGGUCAUGGGGGUGGGAGGGGCGGAAUACCACCAAAUCAGCAUGGGUCUCCUCAAAACUAUUGCCCCACCAACCUGAGACCGCCUCCUCCGCAACCUCCUGUACCCCCCUACCACUAUGACCCUCAGACCCCUCCCAGUUCUGGCUGCCAUGGAAACAGCAGCUACAUGCCUCCGCCCUCUGACUUUAUGCAGUUUCCACCCCCGGUGCCCCCCCAUACUUCUGGCUCUCUUAACCAGUGCCCUGUGCGUCCCCCUUUCCCCAAGCCUCCCAUCCGGCAGGGCUUUCCUGAACCGCCACCCAAUUUUCCUCCUCCUCCUCUGCCCAGUUCAUCUGGUGGCUCCACGUCAGGCUCCCAGCUGUCUUCCCAGAAUGCCUACCACCCAUACAUGAUGCCCCCUGUCCCCCCUCCACCACUACCACACCCGUCCAUGCCUCCAACAAUGCCCCCACAGCCUAUGAGUUAUCACCCUCCAUAUGCAAUUAACUACCCCCAGCCUCCUCACCCUCCCCACCCACCUCAUCCUCCUUUCCUGCCGCCCACCUUUAGCCCAGGCUAUGCCCAGAGCUCUAGCCCAUUUAAACCUGACCACAACUUCAGGCAUGGGGUACAGUACAAGUAUGAGAAGCCCCUGGACAGCAGCAGGAGGUCUCCAGACAGAGGGCACCGCCAUGAUGACCACAGGCAGACAAACUACAGCUAUAGUGGCCAUGGCGACAGGCACAAAAUGGAGUUUUCAGGGGAGAGAAAAGAACAAGGCAGGAGUCUGGACCGGCGAGGUAGGCCAGAGUCGGGUCGGUACCGGUCUGAUUAUGACAGGAGCCGGUCCCCGCUGAGACAAAGGAGCAGGGAUCGGAGCAGGGACAGGCAUCGUCAUAGAGAAAGUCGGAAAUCCCCAUCUCCUGACAGACACCGGAAAAGGCUGAGGAGUCGGUCAACAAGCAGAGACAGGAAACGUAGCCGUUGGGAAGAGGAGCGGGAUAGGAGGUCAGAGGUCACUGGCCCCAGCAGGGAACGCAACCACUCCUCUCAAGGAAGUAGGGAAUCUGAUGAGCCUCCCACAGAGCGAGACAGAGACAGAGACAGGGAGAGAGAGAGAGAGAGGGAAAAGGAGAGGGAGAGGGAGAGAGAGAGAGACCGGGAUAAAGAGAGAGAGAAGGAGAAGGCAGAUGAUGAGAAAGAGGAGGAAGAGCUGCUGAAACCAGCCUGGAUCCGCUGUACCCAUGCUGAGAGCUACUUCUCCAAUGACCCCAUGGACCAAGUGGGUGACUCUACAGUUGUGGGGACUAGCAAAUUGAGAGACCUUUACGAGCGCUUCGAAGAAGAGCUGGUGAGGAGACAGGCUAGAGCCAAGGAGGCCAGGCCUAAAUGGGAACCACCGAAGACCAAGCUAGAUGAGAAUCUAGAUGACAGCAGCAGCGAUUCGGACUGUGAUUCAGAUGGCGAGGGUAGCAGUUGUUCCAGCAGCUCCGACUCUGAAGUUUUCGACGUCAUUGCUGAGAUCAAGCGAAAGAAGGCCCACCCGGACCGGCUGCAUGAAGAACUUUGGUACAAUGAUCCAGGACAGAUGAAUGAUGGGCCCUUGUGUAAGUGCAGUGUCAAGGCCCGACGUACAGGAAUCCGCCACAGCAUCUACCCAGGGGAAGAGCCUGUGAAACAUUGUCGCUCAAUGACCAACAAUGCAGGAAGGCUCUUCCACUAUAGGAUCACCGUGUCCCCACCCACCAACUUCCUGACUGACAGACCCACGGUGAUUGAGUACGAUGACCACGAGUACCUGUUUGAGGGCUUCUCCCUUUUUUCUCAUUCCCCUCUUACUAAUAUCCCAUUGUGCCGCGUGAUCCGCUUCAACAUAGAUUACACCAUUCACUUCAUAGAGGAGAUGACACCAGAGAACUACUGCGUUCGGGGCCUGGAGCUGUUCUCCUCCUACCUGUUCCGGGACAUUCUGGAACUUUAUGACUGGAACCUGACAGGUCCAGAGACGGAAAGCGAGGGCCUCGGAUGCCCGCAGUUCCAUUUCAUGCCCCGCUUUGUUCGAUUCUUACCGGAUGGUGGGAAAGAGGUGCUGUCCAUGCACCAGGUGCUACUGUACCUCCUGCGCAGCAGUACCCCGCUGGUCCCUGAGGAGGAGAUCGCAGAUAUGCUGCAGUGGGAGGAGCUGGAGUGGCAAAAAUAUGCGGAGGAGUGCAAGGGCAUGAUCGUCACCAACCCCGGCAUGAAGCCCAGCUCCGUACGCAUUGACCAGCUGGACAGGGAGCAGUUCAACCCCAAUGUCAUCACCUUUCCCAUCAUUGUCCACUUUGGGAUCCGGCCUGCCCAGCUCAGCUAUGCUGGGGACCCCCAGUACCAGAAGCUGUGGAAGAGUUAUGUAAAACUACGCCACCUACUGGCCAACAGUCCAAAGGUUAAGCAGCUAGACAAGCAGAAGUUGACCCAGAGAGAGGAAGCCCUUCAGAAGAUUCGUCAGAAGAACACCAUGCGCCGCGAGGUCACCGUGGAACUCAGCAGCCAGGGCUUCUGGAAGACCGGCAUCCGCUCGGACGUCUGUCAGCAUGCCAUGAUGCUGCCUGUCCUCACCCACCACAUCCGCUACCACAAGUGCCUGAUGCACUUGGACAAGCUCAUCGGAUACGUCUUCAAAGAGCGCUGCCUCCUGCAGAGCUCUCAGCGCUCUGCUGUUCAGCUUUUUCAGCCACGCCACUCCAAAGAGGCCUCACCCACUCUGGACUUGCUCCGCCACUCUUACCACAUGACUCUGCUUCUCGAGAAGGAGGAUGCAGUAGACUGCCAUGACACCACUAAUUACAAUGGAGUGUGGCUGCCCUAUCAGCCAAGAAUCAACACGUUGAUAAACAUCAUGUCUCGCCUGGGCCAGGAUGACCCCUCUCCCUCCAGGAUCAAUCACAAUGAGCGACUGGAGUUCCUCGGCGAUGCCGUUGUCGAGUUCCUCACCAGCGUGCACCUGUAUUAUUUGUUUCCCAGCCUGGAAGAGGGCGGCUUGGCAACCUACAGAACGGCCAUCGUACAGAACCAGCACCUCGCCAUGCUAGCCAAGAAACUGGAGCUGGAUCGGUUCAUGCUCUACGCCCACGGACCGGAUCUGUGCCGGGAGUCGGACCUGCGACACGCCAUGGCCAACUGCUUUGAGGCUCUGAUCGGUGCGGUGUAUUUGGAGGGAGGCUUGGAGGAGGCCAAACAGCUCUUCGGAAGGCUGCUUUUCAAUGGCGAGGGCCUGCGGGAGGUCUGGCUCAACUAUCCUCUGCACCCCCUGCAGGUCCAGGAGUCUCAGACCGACAGGCAGCUCAUCGAGACCUCGCCGGUGUUGCAGAAGUUGACGGACUUCGAGGACGCCAUCGGAGUUGUGUUCACACACGUGCGUCUUCUGGCCCGAGCCUUCACCCUGAGGACCGUCGGCUUCAACCACCUCACCCUGGGUCACAAUCAGAGGAUGGAGUUUCUAGGCGACUCCAUUAUGCAGCUGGUGGCCACGGAGUACCUCUUCAUCCACUUCCCAGAUCACCAUGAAGGACACUUGACGCUACUGCGGAGCUCGCUGGUGAACAACCGCACACAGGCGAAAGUGGCCGAGGAGCUGGGGAUGCAAGAUUUCGCCAUCACCAAUGACAAGACCAAACGGCCCGUGGCCCUGCGGACCAAGACCCUGGCGGACCUUCUGGAGUCCUUCAUCGCAGCCCUGUACAUCGAUAAAGACCUGGAGUACGUGCACACCUUCAUGAACGUCUGCUUCUUCCCCCGGCUGAAGGAGUUCAUUCUGAACCAGGACUGGAAUGAUCCCAAAUCCCAGCUGCAGCAGUGCUGUUUGACCUUAAGAACAGAAGGAAAAGAACCUGAUAUUCCCCUUUACAAGACCCUGCAGACCGUGGGUCCGUCGCACGCCAGGACUUACACCGUGGCGGUGUACUUCAAAGGAGAGCGCAUCGGCUGUGGCAAAGGUCCAAGCAUCCAACAGGCGGAAAUGGGAGCUGCGAUGGAUGCACUUGAAAAAUAUAACUUCCCGCAGAUGGCUCAUCAGAAGCGCUUCAUCGAGCGGAAAUACAGACAGGAGCUGAAGGAGAUGAGACGAGAGCGUGAGAGGCAGGAGAAGGAACCUGACAACGCAGAGGAAUGCAGGAAGUGACAGCACCUCCUACACCCACCCCACCACCCCCAUAACCAACCCCCACCUCCUCUAUGUGGACCAAUCGGAAUCUGAACCCACGUCCGCACUGGAGCCCUGUCUGCCAAACUGACACCUGGGUUGGAGGGUGGGGUGUGUGUGUGUGUGUGUGUGUGUGUAUAUAUAUAUAUGUGUGUGUUUAGAAAGGAAACGCCAGGCUCCAUUAUAGUCCCCGCUGUCUGACACCUUGUUGGAGUGUCAUUAUUCGGCCUUUUAUUUUUUAUGCUUACCACCAAUGCUGCUUUUACAAAGGGUCUUGUGUAUGUGUGGCUAGAGGUUUUUAUUAGGAAAAUAUUUUAAGUUUGCCAUCGCUCUGAUCAGUAAACGAAAAUAACUAAGUUUGCCAUCGCUCUGAUCAGUGAACGACGUUGUCGACAACAGGAAAAUUUUAAUUAUGUGUCCUUGAUGUUUUAGUAUUGAAAAUAAAGAUAUUUUUAG